AUGGACACUUCUCGGCCUCCUCCUCCUCGUGGUCGUUUCCUUGUUCACCCUUCCAAGAGAAACUUAGAACCUCCACCUCGUGGCCGUUUUCUUAUUGUUCGUGGGACGAUUCAACAUCCUCCUAAACCUCUUCCUCUUGAUCCAGAUCCUCCCUCGCUUCCUGAUCGUCCUAUUCGUCUUCAACCUAUCGACGAAAAACCUCCUCCUUUCGAUGAUCAAAAUGUAGCCGAUCAACCUCCUCCCUCGCCUCCUGAUCCUGUUCUUCUUCAACCUAUCGACGAAAAACCUACUCCUUCCAUCGACGUUCAAGAUACAGUAGUUGAUCCUGUUCCUCCUCCUCAGCCUGUCGAUGAAAAAACUAGUACUCCUCCCGACGACGAUCAAAUUACAAACGAUCUCUUGCCCAAGUACGAUGCAUUCAUCAGCUUCAGAGGAACCGACGUCCGGAACUUCUUCCUCAGCCACCUCUUCGCCUACAUGAACAACGAAAAACACAUCCUCACCUAUGAGAAGAAAAGAAGAAAGCGGCUAGGUUUUUGGUGA